ACAAAUAAACUUAUAAAAUGUCAAUGUUGUCACAGAGAAUCUUAAAUUUUAAGAUUCAUUAAAAAGAAAUCCUACAAAUAAUUCAUUAUUAGUUGCAAUACUUAAUGGCAGAAGAAAAAGGAGAAAAGGGAGAAGAUGAAGAUACAAUUGGAAUUUAUGUAGGUGGUCGAAACGCGGAUGGUGAUCGUCACGGUGAAGGAUGGGCAGUUUUACCAAACGGCGACUUUUACCAAGGUUGCUAUUGUCGAGGACUCCGGAACAGCAAAGGGCUAUACGUCUUCAGGAACGGGGCGCGAUAUGAAGGAGAAUGGAGGCGUGCUAUGAAAUACGGCGUUGGCACUAUGCUUUACCCGGACGGUUCGCGAUACGAAGGCGAUUGGAGACACGAUCAAAAGCAAGGAUUUGGCGCCUACUACUAUCCAAAUGGAGAUAUCUACGAAGGCGCGUGGUUUAAAGGCAAGAGGCAUGGCCUGGGGACAUAUUUCUAUGCGGAAUAUCAAGUCAAAUUUAUGGGGACGUGGGUGGAGGGAGUGAUCCAAGGCCCCGGCCAAAUUAUUUAUCCUCGAGUGCGCUACCAUGGCUCAUGGCUAAAAGGAAAACCGAAAGGACCAGGGUGUUUCGUAUUCGAUACGAAUUGCAUGCAACAUGGAUUCUACUUGCUUGUAAAGGACCCUGCUUUGGAAGAGUAUGGUGAAGGAGAGGAAGAAAAAGAGGAAAAGGAAGUCAAAGAAGAGAGAUUGGAAGAGGAAGAAGAGAUAGAGAUCGACGAGACGCUAGGUAAAGUAGCUGUAUGGCGUGCGCGCAACGUGACAGCUUAUAUGGCUGAGUUUCUACCACCAGAGCCAGUGCCGUUACCAGUCCACGACUCUAUACCUUCCCUCACUGAAGAGAGCUUUGUCUGCGAUACUAUACAAUUUGAACUUCCUUCAGUAGUAGGUGAAGAGGAAGGGGCUGAUAAUAAUGACUCUUGGCUUAUGCACCGGCAGAAGUUCUUGGAAGAGACCGAACAAGACAAGGAGUAG